AUGCUUAAAAGAGAGAGUGAUGACAGUGAAGCAUUAAAAAACCAAAAGCAAGGAGGUAGCUUGGAUAAUGUUAAAGAUGUUGGGAGGAGAAAAAUAAUGGUCAGAACUCAGAAGAAAUAUAAUGAAGAUGGAUCAAAUGAAGCUGUAUUUUCAGAGGGAGUGAAAGGAAGAGAAGAUAAAGAAAUGGAUGUUGAUACUGCUAUUACAACAAAUGAAAAUGUAACAGGAGUCAAUGCAGGAUGCUCUGGUACACAGGUUAAAUCGUUCGGGUUACCCAUAGACAAGUUUAAUAUUGAAGCUGCUUUGGCAAAGGAGAUGUUUGGUGAAUUAGACCUAAGUGUGAAGCCGAGUGCAGUUAAACCUAGGGGCAACUUAGGUGAAAAUAAAAAUCCUGAGGGCCAAAAAUCAGUUGCUUGUUCUAAGUCAAUAGCAGAUCUUAGUGCUGAAAUAUUUGGUGACUCAGAGUUACCUGAUUUGGAAGUGGACAUUAAGGGUAAAAAAGCCUUAUCUGCAACUCCAAAGUUUAUAUCAGAUUUUCAUCCACCUGUGUCAUCCACACCCAAUACAAUAGCCAGUAUUAAAAAGAUAGAGAGUCCAAGUGAAACUAUUUUAUUUGAUGAUUAUAAAGUUAAGAAUGAACCAAGAAAUUUACUAAAAAAGAAGAUUAUUCCAAAAGAGCCUAAAAUGGAUCAGCAAGUAGAUGUUCUAUCCACACAAGUCAGUGGUAGUAGAAAUGUUGAAGCAAAACCCUUAAGUAAGUCUGAAGUAAUGGUAGUAAAGACUAAAGUGCAGAAAGAAAAUGUAAAUGCAAAUACAGUAAAAGAUGUAGGAAAGGAAAUGGAAGAUAAGAAUAAAAUGAGUCCAGAAAAAAUUGGUGAAGGAAGAUCCCGACUUAUUCAGGUGAAGAGUCCUGUUGGUAUUCGUCAGGUUGUAGUAUUAAAUUCUGCUAAAUCCACUGCAAAAGAAACAUUAGUCAAAGUUAUUGAUCCUAUUGACCCACCAAGAGAAGAAGAUAGACUAACAGUGGCUCAAAUAUGUGCAAAUGCUAAAAAGGAAGCUGCCAUGAAAAGAAAAUUGCACUUUCAGAAGAAAAAGACUACUGAUGUUGACAAUGCAAGUUCAGAGAUGACAGAAUUCAAGAGUAAUUCCGAAAUAGCUGGAAUGCAAAUAAAGAAUGUAAAGAAUAAGGGAAAAAUGGAGAAAAUAUCAAAGACAGAGUUCCUAAAAAAGGAACCCCCUCCAAAGAUUGUAGAUUUAGAAAUGAAAUUAGAAGAUAGCGUACAGUUAAAGAAAAAAGAGGCUCAGAGAAAGCGAGAGGAGAUUCAGCGCAAAAGAGAAGAAAUCUUGAGAAAGAGAGAGGCUAUUAAACUCAGAAAAGAACAACAGAUGAGAGAAAUUAUGCAGAUGAAAAGAGAAGAAAAUCAUGAACAAUCUGAGCAAGAAAAAAUAGAAAAGCCAGUUCAGAAGGUUAAGACCAUCUCAGUAUCAGUAAAGAAUUCUGUUACUGAAUCUCAACGAAGUAGUAGCAGCAAUCAGGAGUCUCUUGCCAAAAGAGAAGUUCAAGUUAUUGUACAGUCCAACAAAGGUCCUGGACUUCAGAGAGCAGAAUCCGUUGAAUUUCUUUCAAGGGUCAAAGGACAGAUGGCCAGUCCUAAAAAACCACCUUCAGAAAUAGCUCAGAAAAAUAAGGUCAAGAUACCAAUAACAAAAAAUGAAUCAACUUCAAAGAAGCCUGUUAGAAAAGAACCCGUUAUGUCUAUAAAAACCAAGAAAGUAGAAGAGCAUCCAAGACCUGUUGCACCUGUUGAGGAGUCACCAGUACGGCGUAGUGGUAGAGCCAUUAAGAAGAAAACCUUUGGAGAUGAAAUGUUGACAUUUGACCUUAAGGAAGAAAAAAAUCCUGAUGGUGAGGGGGAAUCUGGAUCAGAGGAAGAACCAGAAAGUGAAGAAGAGGAUGAGGAUUCAAUAGAAGAUUAUGAUGAUCCAGAGCGAUUAUGGUGUAUCUGUCAGAAGCCACACAAUAAUCGCUUUAUGAUAUGCUGUGAUAGGUGUGAAGAUUGGUUUCAUGGGACCUGUGUGGGUAUCACCAAAGCUAUGGGUCAGCAGAUGGAAGAUGAACGCCAGGAGUGGGUUUGCCCCAAGUGUAAAAAAGCUGAGAAAGCCCUGAAGAGUACUGGUAUAUCAUUGCCACAGAAAAAAGAACCUGUGUCUGUGAUUGCAUUAGGGAGUACUCCUGCUCCCAAAGCCAAAGCUGAGCCCAAAAAGGCUUUGAAUAAUGAAGGGAAAAAGGAAAUGCAAAUUAAUCCAACAGCUUCUAAAAAGGUAUCCCAGGGUUUGAAGAAAGUAGAAAGUUUAUCAUCCUUGAAAAACGUGGAAGAAACUCCUGUGGAAGAUGAGGCUAGUGAUAUUAUUGAAACAUCAGCAUCAUCAUCAACAUCCAACAGAAUUUCAGAAGAGGAACCCAAAUGUGUGCUAGAGUCGUGCAAUAGGCCUCGAAAACCUGACUGGAUCUACUGUAGCAACGAGUGUGUUCUCAAGCAUGCACAAUUGUCCCUUAAAAUAAUGGGAAAAACUGACAAGGAUUUGGAGGAGCAUCAGAUCCCAGGAGUCACUCCAGGAACACUGAAGAGUGAGCCAAGAGUGUUGGUAUAUGAAAAGACUACAGGAAAAAUCCUUUCAGGAUCAGAAGCACCUUCUUUAAGAGAAGUAAAAGUAUGGUUGAAAGACCAUCCAAAUUAUGCCAUCCUUCAUCCAGGAAUGAUGAAAACAUCAGGAGCUGUAUUAAAAACUGUCAAACCAGAUGGUAGUGUUUCCGGCACUGAUAUAUCAGGGCAGAACAAGAUUAUUCAUGUAUCUACACCAUCCUCUCUGACUCCUGUCAAGGCCACUCCCCAAAAGCUCACAGUUGUCAAGUCAGCAGAUGGCCGCAUUAUAGUCAAGGCUGCUGAAGCUCUUAGUAAAGGUUUUAUCAACACAUCUGCUACUGUAAGCAAAACAGCAUUGACAAGUAAUACCCCCAAACCGGUGGUAGUGUCAACUAAAGGUUCAGUGAUGAAAGAUACAGAAACAGAAGGAAUUGAAAAUGAUCCCAGGAUUCUUCCAGCCAUAGACGAAGAUGAGGAGUUAGAUUUAGCCCUUGCUAAGAAAAAUGCAGAUAAUCUGUUAAAGAGUGGUGCUGAUAGUAGUCCAGUUAAGAAAAGUGUGGAGAAUGGUCAGCAGAAAGUGAUUGAUCCAUCUAAGGUAAUUGAAUCGCUUAAACUUUCUGACAGUGUUACUUUCAAGAGCAUAGAGUCUCUUCCAGCUAAAGCACUUGAUGCAUCUAGUAAAGUUACUUCUCCAAUUAAAGACAUGAAAAAGACACCGCCAAAACUUGGGGCUGUAGAAAAGAAAGCAAAUGAUCCAAACAUCGUAAGGAAUAAUGUAAAGAAAACAUUGGCAGAAUGUUUGUUGAAGCGGUCAAAGGAGGCAACCAGUGAGUUUGAAGAUUUAACAGAAGAGGAUAUUAAUGAGCUUGCUGAUGAAAUUGAAAAGGAAUUAUUUAUGUUCUUUAGCAAGGAUGUGGGAUUCAAGUACAAGUCACGGUAUAGGAGCCUUUUGUUCAAUAUAAGGGACACUAAAAACAGUGGUCUCUUUCGCAAGAUAUUGAACGGAACCAUAACGCCCUCAAACCUUGCUAAAAUGACUUCAGAAGAGUUAGCCUCCAAGGAACUUGCUGAGUGGCGGGAAAGAGAAGAAAAGAAGGAGUUGCAAGCAAUUGAGAAGUAUGAACUGGAUAUGAUAUCUCUUGGAAAUCAGUACAUAAUGAAAUCGCAUAAAGGUGAAAUAGAAAUUGAUAAGGAUGAAUUUAUCAAAGACAAAGAAAAAGCACCAGAAACUAUUAACGCCCUGCCAACUGACCCUGUAAUGGGACUCCUAGGCGACACUUCAUCAGGUCACAAAAACCAUAUGUAUGAUGUAAACUGUAAAAUUUGUACAGGAAAACAGGAUUCUACUGCAGUCUCGCAAGAUCUGAAAUACAAGGGAAAAUAUGAGGACAAGAAAGAACUCAAGGAUGAUAGAUCAGAAGAAGAGAAACUAAAGGAUAGGAAAGAAAGGAAGAGUUCUUCAGACAGAGAUAAAAGCAAAGAAAGGCACAGACACAGAAGUAGAGAUUAUGAUAAAGAGAAGAGCAAGAAACAUAAAAGAGAAAGGAGCAAGGAAAGAGAAAAAGGUGAUAAUAGAAGUAAAAGCAGAGAAGCUGGCAAAGAGAGAAAAGACAGUGAAAAGGAUAAGCUCAAAGACAAACACAGAGACAGAAAGGAAAGUGAAAGGGAAAGACAUAGAAGUAGUGACAGGAAAGAAAGACGAGACUCUAAAGAUGAAAAAGAAAGAAGACACAAGCAUAAAAAGGACAGACGAAGUUCUAAAGAUGAUAAAGAAAGGCAAAAAGAUACUGAAAGAAAAAGAAAGUACAGUGAAUCUCGUAGUGAUGAUAGAAAAAGAAGAGACAGUGAAAAAUCAAGACAUAAAGAACAUGAUAAUAUUGAAAGUGAGGUAGAGUCUGAUAAACUUGAACGAGAAAAAGCUGUGGUUAGUACCAGUGAAGACAUAGUUGUUGAUUUUCAACGUUUUCGACGUGAGAGUUUCUCAAAUCUUGACCCAGAUGCCAAAGACUCUGUUCCAACAUCUACUGUUGUUGGGAGCCCAGAUAUAAUAGAACUUAAGGACGAUGGUAGUAAGCGUGGUGAAUCCCCUAGUGCAUAUCCUGGUAGUAGUCCCAAUAGCUAUUCAGGUUAUUUGCCACCAUUACCAGGUGGUGAGGCUCCUUUGCCUCCACCUCUCCCAGAUAGUCCACCGGCUCCACCUUAUAUUGAUGUACCCUCUUCAGAUAGUCCAGCUACACCUCCUUUACCCGAUAGUCUUGACAGUCCAAAGACCCCAUCUCUACCGGAUGAAAUUUGUUUGUCACCCUCUACUGUUGAUGAAGACGAUUUUCCUAAUACUCCCCCUUUACCAGAUGAUGAUAUUCCUGCAACACCACCUUUGCCAUCUGAAAUAGAUAGCAGUCUUAAUUAUGAUAAACCAUCUACCCCUCCUUUACCCUUCACCAAGACAAGUCUGCCAUUAUGCACGUCAAGCUCUGCUGAAAACAAAGACAGGCUGACCCCACCCAUAGAGAGUGGACUUGGUGUUGGGCCAAGUUCAUCACCAGUCCCCUCAAAAUCAGGUGAACCCAUUAUUGUAUGGAAAGGGGCAAUUCACAUGACUGAUGUUUCCAAGUUUUAUGCCUCUGCAUUUGAGGUUUCAGGAAAGGCUCGUUUCCUCCCUGAAGAUGUACCAAAGGUUGUUGAGGUGGUUGGAAGAAUAUCACCUGAUAAUGUUUGGAGCUACAUUGCACAAACAAAGAAGACUGGUUCAAAGGAAAUCCUUGUUGUUCGCUUCCAACCAUCAAAUGAAGAAGAAAAAGUGUCGUAUAUAGCGUUAUAUUCUUAUCUUUCUUCAAAAAAGAGAUAUGGUGUCAUUGGCAAUUGUGAUAAGGAGGCUGUGAAGGAUUUUUACAUAGUUCCACUGGCAUCACAUCAACCUAUUCCCCAUGUUCUACUUCCAUUAGAUGGUCCAGGAUUUGAAGAACACAGAGCACAUAUGUUAAUUGGAGUUAUUAUUCGUGCAAAACAUAGGAGGAUAUAUGAUCACAUAACUGGUUCUUGGCAGAUUGUAGGAGGAAGUAGUAGUGUACAAAGCAAUCCACUUCUCAAGAGUUCAGAAUUACCUGAGCGAAGUUAUACUCCUCCAUUACCAACUGAUCAAGAGUCAGAAGAAAUCCAGGUUCCCUCCACAGAUUCAGAAGAUGAUACAAAGUUUGAUGAAAGAUUAACACCUCCACUUAAGGACAGAGCAGUUGAUAGUACUACAGAAUUUCGUGCUCCAGGGUCCCAUAAACGACAAUCAAAAAGCCAGUCUGAUUUUGAUCAACCCAAAAAACGUAUGAGUUUAGAUCGUAGACUCCAGGAAGUAGCUGAUAUAAGUACAGAGCCAAAGAGUCCUGCAGAAUUCAGUUUUGCUGAUGGGACUUUGGAUCAAGAGUCAAUGCUAGCUGAACUUAAUAGACAAAUAGAAGUUCACAAAAAGGAGUUAAGUGAGAUGCAAAAAACGGUGUUAAAUGAAGAAGAGGAACCCUACAGUCCUUCUAUGUCCAACAGUGCUUCCCCUGGAGAGGAACCCUUGAAGCUUGAUACCUCCAAAAUCAAUAUUCCAUCAAAUUUGCAAGAGAUUUUGAAUAACAUUAAAGAGAAAGAGCUAGAGAUUAAAAACAAAGAACAAGAAAUAAAAAGACGUUUAAGCCUGGCAGCUGAUCCAAUAGUAAUGAAUUAUGCAAAGCUUCAAGAUGCAGAAGAAAAAUCUUCCAGUGGGGAAAAAGUUCCUCCUAGUGAUGUAGAUUUAAGGCCUGUCCUGCAGCUCAAGCCAAAGGACGUUGAACGCAAAGAAGAUGUUGACUUGCGCAUAUUGCAUGGGAGGGACCCAAAAGAGCAUUCAGUAAACAAUGAUGUGUUUGGAAAGAGUGAUGAUACAGAUCUGAGAGUCCGUGAUCCCCGUCUAGCCAGGGCCCAUGCAGCAGCUGUCAUGGAAGCUAUUGAGAAAGGGAAGACUUUAGGUACUUUAACAGAUGAGGAAUUAUUGGCUAAAGCUUUAGAGAUGGAAGGUAAAGAGAACUCUAAUAAGCAGGCACAGAUGAAUACAGAAAUAGAUCCAAUGUUCCAGCCAAUCCCUCCUCCACCUUUCAUGGCUGCUGGACCUAGUGGAUAUAUACCUCCACCAGGUCAUAUGGUACCACCACCUAACAGCAUGCCAUGUACACAGCCUCCUGGAAUGGUAGGAAUGCCAUUUAUGAAUCAGGUAGCUCAGCCGACUCAACCUAUAGGAUUGUAUGGGCCAGGUGGAGGACGUGAUCAAGGUGUUCAGGGACCAUCAUGUAUGCCUGGCCCACAACAUGAACCUAGCCAGAUGGGACACCAUGGGAUUUCGAAUCCUAAUACAAUGGGGCCACCAUGUGGGCCACCAAUGCAUGAAGGUCCUGGUCUUCCAGGAUGUGGACCAAAUCCUAUGGAGCCUCCUUCACGGUAUGGGGAGUCCUCUAGAUACCCUGAUGAAGGUCAUUGGGAUAGAAAUUAUGAUGACAGGGAUUGGGAUUAUGCUUACAAUCACUAUCCCAAAGAUGAUCAUUAUAGGAAUACAGAAAGAUACAGAGAAGGAGAGUGUUACAGAGAAGGUGACUAUUUUAGAGAAAAGGAUAGAGACCGAGACUGGCGUCGCAGACAAGACCGAGACGGUGGAUACAAGAGACAACACUUCAGGAAAAAGGCCAAAUUUGAUAGAGGAGCGGGUGGUGAUCAUGAAAGGAGAAGAAGUAAACAGUAUGAUAGAGGUGGUGAUGGUGAUGAUAGUGGAUAUGAAAGAAGAAGAAGCAAACAAUUUGAAAGCAGAGGUGGAAAUAGUGAAAGCUCAAAUGAUGGCAACCACGAAAGAAAAAGGGGUCGCUUUUCUGAAUCUUCAGGGAGAUCCAAAAAGAAGCAUGAGAGGAAUAGAAAUUGGAGUAACUUUGAAAAUUUACACAGAGCAAAUGAUGAUAAUAGAGGGACAGAUGAUGGUGACGAUUGUCCCUAUGAAAUUGACUAUUAAGUAUUUAAUAUGAAUGGAAAAUCUAACGCUAGUUGUUAUUUCAGUAUGCAGUCAGGAUAAUUGUAUAUUGUAAGGGCACAAGGACCUUUGUAUUGUUUUAUAUAUUUCCAAAGAAUACCUGAUGCAAAACUGAAAAUGUGUUUAUAUUUAUUGAUGAAAGAAUAUGGUUUUUGUGCUGUAUGUAUAUAGCAGUUUUGUUGACCAAUGAAUUUUCUUUUAGGCAAUGUUCAGGAAAUUUUUUUCUUUCAAAGAAAUACAAGGAUAGGGCAUUUUGUACUGUAUAGGUUCUCAUUUAGGUAUUGGAAAUAUUAGGUGUAUAAAUGUUGGUAUUGUGGAUUUAGGCAGUCAUGUUUAUGUACAGUUAUGCAAGGUGGAGACAAUUUUUUGUAUAUAGUAACUGACUAGCAAAAUUUUUCCUUAAGAAGUGUUAUUUACAUUAGCAAUUGUAUAUAUGUAGUAUAGGUAGUUUUAAGUUUUUCACUUGUAAAUACAAUAGUUAUUCCGUUGUAAUACACGAUCACCGAACUUUUUGAUCCUGCCAGUCCAUGAUCUUUUAAUUAGUCUUUUUAGUUUCUUAACAAAACGUAAUCAACGUACGUCACAUAAAACACUUUAAUUUUUAUUGAAUAGUGUCAUUGGUUAUAAAGGUACAAAAGAUAUAAUUUAGUAUCUUGAUAUUUUGUAGGUUUUAACCAAAUGUUUACAUAUUUUAAUAAGAAUGGAUGGAAUUCAGUUGUCUUUAUUUCUACUACUAGGAGCCUGAUUUGAUACCUGUUGAAGAGGCAAUCAGGUUUUAUCUGUUUAUUAGCAGAUAGACUUGCAACAGAGGGUGGCACUAAGUUGCAUGAAUUUUUCCUCGUGUUGGACCUAGUCAGCCCUACUUGCAGAUGGCAUGAGGAACUGUUUAGGGCAUUAUGAUAUUUAACAAUAUCAGAUACUUAAAUAUCGAGUACAGUAGGUAAUUUAUAAUGUCAUAGUUUCAGGUGCUAAAGGCACUUGAGUUUGGAGCUUUUCAUAAGGCUUCAUAUAUAUAUAUAUAUAUAUA